AUGAACAACAUAGUACAGUCCUUCACCCAAGCGAAGUUAGCUCUGACACCGUUUGGUGAAGAGGCCAGUAGAGCCGUUGAGAUAGCUGUGGAAGCUGGAGUGGAUGGCAAAUGUGUGGACGACGGGGAAGUGCUGAGCAAAUGGCAGAUGACUGUGGUGAACGAAUUCAAACACGUGUUCCAAUCGCUCUACAUGACUCUCAUGACCAUGGUAAACCGGUUGAACAACCAAAUGAGGACAGUCCUCGGCGACCAAAUUCGGGUCAUACUUGGCUCCAAAGGCGGUACCUCCAGAUCCAUCCGCGUCAAAGGGCUGCAACAGAUUAACGAGACAUCCGAGAAAGUGGUCGAAAGCUCCAAACGAAUGGCCAAAUGGCUUAAAUUAAGUUCAACCCGUGUUUACUGGGUGGGUGGUGUUCAUUCGGAAUCAGACAUCUGA